AAAGACAAUGUACAGUUCAACAGUUUAACAGAAAUAAAAAAGUUGGUUACUGCUAUGAAUGGGCGUCAAUAUGUAAGAUAGAAGAGCAGAAGACUAAUUUUGUAGUGAUUCAAGGAUUUAAUGUAAAGAGAAAUAUCAUAUCCACACAAGAAUAUUAUGCAACUCAUUUGGUUAUUUGCAUAUAUUUAAAAUUGCGUGGAAAAAACUAAUUUAAUAGCUAGUUAGAAAAAAAAGGAAGAAAAAAGGCAAUAUUUGUUAUAUUGUUUACAAAGAAGGACUAUACUAAGUAUUUCUUGUUCAAUUUAAUCAUUUAAACGCUUUCAUUAAAAUGUUCGUCUUAAAGGCAACCAUGUCUCUUCUUUAUCAAGUUCUGAUACUUUUGACAUUUAUCUACCAAGUGGACAGUCAUGCUUCAGGUACUAAUGUGGAUGGAGCCUGCUCCGAUCUAAUCCCUCAACAUGGCUUUGGAUCACAGAAUAGUCCCCCGCCUUACUCCAUUUCUUUUAGUCCCACGUCAUUUACACCUGGUCAGAAUGUGACAGUUGCUCUGACGUCAACAAGCACGGGGUUUAAAGGGUUUAUGAUCCAAGCAAGAAGAGCUGACACCAACCAAAAUCAAGACCCAAUGGGAUCAUUUUACAUUGGUUCAAACUCUCAACUGGCAUGUUUUGGAAAAGCGAUGGUUCAUUCCUCUAGUGAUGUAAAGUCCAGUCUGACAUUAAUCUGGACUGCUCCAGCAGCCUCCAUUGGAAACGUCAAUUUCAGAGUCACGUUCGUGCAAUCGGAACGGAUAUUUUGGUCUAAUAUUGUGUCGAACGUUUUGGUGGAGGCAAGCUCAGCAUCUACAACAGCCGCCUCCACUACAGGCUCAACAACUGCAGUUUCAACUUCCUCAGCUUCAACGGCUCUAUCCUCGACAGCUUUUUCCACAACUAGCACAACAGCAUCUCUUACAACUGUAACCAGAGUCUAUGCUAACGCAACCACGCCUAAAAACAGUUGUACCAUGUUAAAUGUGGAACCUUACCUGAUAGCCUUGGUUUCAGGUCUGUUGUUCACAGUGAGUUCUAUUUAGAGCUGGGAGUGAAAUCAAAACUCACGCAUAUUUUCAUUUCUUUUUUUUUUUUUCUUAAAGUGUUUGAGACAUGAUGAUCGCCUAGACACAUUGGCACGUAACGUUAAUGAAUACGAAAACGUCAUGAUAGGUAAAUAAUUUUAAAAAUAAUGAUUAAAAAUGAAUAUGAACAAAGCCCAACAAAACUAAUAAACAGAGCAAAGAAAGUCAACUUAAAAAGAUUAUAAUAACGAUGAACUCAUUUCAGUUGUAGAAACUGUUUAUUUCAAUGCACUUGAACAUUGAUUUAUUUUCUUUGUAUUUUCUACAUUGAAAAACAAAAACUGGAAACCAUAAAAAAUGUACUUCAAUAAGGGGACAUAACUCCAUUGUUUCCAAUUUUUUAUGUUUUCUUUUAAUCACAAAUUACAAACGUUACUUCAAAAGGGAAGACACUUAUGUCCUACGCAUUUCAUGUGUUAAUCUAGUCAUGCAUGUUAAAUUUAAACUCUGCUAAGUUGUUGGUUUUCUGGGCUAAUUCAUGCAACCCAUUCCAUUCACUAAUAUUUACUGUACUUUCUAAAUAUUUAUUUUAAAUUAAGAUUUCUUAAUUAUUCCCCAUUCAUCCCUUUUAAAGUUAAUGUAUUAAUGUAUUUAUGUAUGUAUGGUCUUUUAUUCAUAGAUAUUGUCGUUUUGUCUAUCCUGUGGAAAUGAUAUAUUAAAGACAUUUUUUAUAUACACCACAAGAUAUGAAGACAUGAAUCUAUCAUGUUGUUUGAACAAAAGUUACGUUAAUAGCCUAGUCUACAUUGCUAAAUACAUGUAUGAACCUAUUUAAACUGGUCUAAAUAGUAGCAUCUUCAUAAGCUCUAAUUUCUUUGACCCUGAUGUAUGUAUUAGGUAACACUAAGACACAAACAGGUUUUAUGUACUUCUGUUUCUAAUGGGUAAAGUAGUUCUCAUUUGUUUAGCUUCUUAAAUUGUAAUUCUUGUUGUCUGUUAUAACUCCUUGUCUGUUAUAACUCCUACGCUCUUGUUUGUAACUUAUAUAUACAAUGUCUUUUUCUGUUUAUUAUUGAUAUCAUGUUUUUUUUAAAGUAGGAAUAUAGAAAGCUAUAUGUAACAAAUAAAAUCUCUCAAUUUAA